GCAUGGUGAUUCACGCGUCAGUACCAGCGUACAACACUGACUAUCCAUCAGCCUACCUUCUUCAGAUUCGUGAGGAAAAUAUAAAAUGGUGCACUGUCUAACUGGACGUAAUAUCGGGUGAGAACUGCACUGCAAGACCAGAUCUGUGACGUUUUUUUGUGCAUACAGAAGACACAAUUCUACUGUUUUGAACUAUCUGUCCAGUCCCUUGAGGUGUCUGCGUCAGACUUUACGUUUCACUCUGGCUUUGGCACGCACCGCUGCGCGCCCAGAAGAAAGGCACGGCGAUUGAAUGAAGCCAGCAGCUUUCUUAGGAAAAUUACUCAUCACUUAUCUUCGAGGAUGCAGCCGUUGUGGGUGAAGUUUUUAUAGGGGCUGACACCGAAGUGUUGAUUGAGACCUAUCAAGACCGACAAGAACCAGGCAAGAACAACCUUUACCACACAAGACAGAAGAUACAACGGGACACCAGCCAGUUUGGUCUUAAACCCAUUCUCGAUUGACGUGGCGACGUGGUGACCCCUCCACAAUGAGGAAGCACAGCAAAGUGGCCCUGCGGCAGCAGAGCAAAGACAAUGUGACCGAGUCGGUGGCCGACCUCCUGGCCCUGGAGGCCCCCCUGGACUACAAGAGCAGUCAGAUGAGCAUGAACGUGCCCCCCGGAGGCGCUGCGCCUAAGACCAAGCCUGAGCCCUCGCCGGACGACGAGGAGGACGGACGCCCCGCCUGGAACAACAAGAUCGAGUACAUUCUAGCCCAGGUGGGCUUCUCUGUGGGUCUGGGCAACGUGUGGCGCUUCCCUUACCUGUGCCAAAAGAACGGUGGAGGUGCGUACCUGGUGCCGUACUUUAUCCUUCUCCUCCUCAUCGGAAUUCCACUCUUCUUCCUGGAGCUGGCGGUGGGACAGCGGAUCCGACGUGGGAGCAUUGGCGUGUGGAACUACGUGUACCCACGCCUGGGGGGCAUCGGGGUCUCCAGCUUAAUGGUUUGUGCUUUCGUGGGGCUUUACUACAACGUCAUCAUCGGCUGGAGCAUCUUCUACUUCUUCCAGUCGUUCCAGUACCCUCUGCCAUGGAGCGAGUGCCCCAUCCGGAGAAACGGAACCCUGGCCUAUUUGGAACCAGAGUGUGAGAGGAGUUCGGCGACGACAUAUUUCUGGUACCGUCAAACCCUCAACAUCACCAGCACCAUCGAUGACAGUGGAGGCCUGAACUGGAGGAUGACGCUGUCCCUGUUGGCGGCGUGGAUAAUCGUCUGCUUGGCUGUGAUCAGAGGCAUCCAGUCCUCUGGAAAGGUGAUGUACUUCAGCUCGCUCUUCCCCUACGUGGUCCUCUUCUGCUUCCUGGUGCGCGGGCUCAUGCUUAAAGGGGCCACGGAUGGCAUUGCCCAUAUGUUCACACCCAAGCUGGAGAAGAUGCUAGAGCUGCAAGUGUGGCGUGAGGCGGCCACCCAGGUGUUCUUCGCCCUGGGCCUGGGCUUUGGAGGGGUCAUCGCCUUCUCCAGCUACAACAAGCGCGACAACAACUGCCACUUUGACGCCGUGCUGGUGUCCGUCAUCAACUUCAUCACUUCUGUGCUGGCCACACUGGUGGUGUUUGCCGUGCUCGGCUUCAAGGCCAACAUCAUGAACGAGAAAUGCGUCGUUGACAAUGCAGAGAAGAUUCUGGGCUACCUGAACACAGGUGUGCUGAGCCACGACCUGAUACCUCCACACGUCAACUUCUCACAACUUAGCACCGAGGACUACGCCGAGAUGUAUGGUGUCAUUAAAACGGUCAGAGGCGACAGCUUCGACCAGCUGGGCCUGGACGCCUGCCUGCUGGAGGACGAGCUCAACAAGGCAGUACAGGGCACUGGCCUGGCCUUCAUCGCCUUCACCGAGGCCAUGAUUUAUUUCCCUGCCUCGCCCUUCUGGUCUGUGAUGUUCUUCUUCAUGCUCAUCAACCUGGGCCUGGGCAGCAUGAUUGGCACCAUGACUGGCAUCACCACGCCGGUGCUCGACACGUUCAAGGUGCGCAAAGAGUACCUGACAGUGGGCUGUUGCAUCGUGGCUUUCUUCUGUGGCCUCUUGUUCGUGCAGCGCUCGGGGAAUUACUUUGUCACCAUGUUUGAUGACUACUCCGCCGGGCUGCCACUCACCAUAGUGGUCAUCCUGGAGAACAUCUCAGUGGCCUGGAUCUAUGGCAGCAAGAGGUUCAUGCAGGAUCUGGAGGAUAUGCUGGGCUUCCGGCCAUACUCCUUCUAUUUCUACAUGUGGAAGUAUGUGUCCCCGUUCUGCCUCAUCAUCCUCAUCAGCGCCACCCUCAUCGAGAUGGCCGUCAAGCCGCCGGGCUACAACGCCUGGGUGCAGGAGCUGGCCAUGGAGCGUUUCGAGAGCUACCCCACAUGGGCGCUGAUCAUGUGCAUCUCCUUGGUCGUUGCGGCCAUGUUGCCCCUCCCUCUGGUCUUCAUCGCCCGGCACUUCCACCUCAUUCCAGACGGCUCCAACAAACUGUCUGUCUCCUACAAGAAGAGCAUGAUGAAGGACAUCUCCAACCUGGAGGAUGAGUCGCGCUUCAUCCUGGGCAAGAACCCGAGCGAGACGCCGUCGCCCAUGCCCACGCAUCGCGCCUACCUCGGGCCCGGCAACUCCUCGCCCAUCGAACUCACCACCACCUCCAUCUCCAGCCACGGCUACGGCACCAGCAGCCAGACCACCACCACCGGGCCUAAGACCGACUUAUGAUUGCUCUAUCCCCCUUACACACACGCACACACACACACACACACACACACACACACACUCACACACACUCACACACACACACACUCACACACACACACACUCACAAACAAGCACAGACAGGGUAGAGACAGAAAGAGUGAGUGAGACAGAAUGCCAUACAAAGACAAGGAUGAGAUAGGCAGGCAGACAAACAGACAGACAGACAAAGGAGAAAGAGAGAAUGAGAUGUCACAGCACUCUUUACACCUUACCCCUUAAACGAGCCCAGCGCUCAGAAAUAAGCAAACUGCCUCUAUAGCAGGGAGCUACAAGCCAACCCCAUCCACCCCCACACACCCAAACUCAGUCCCUCCUGCUCUGUUCCCGAGGGCCUGUGCUGCAAAUGCUAACGCUAACUCUGCGCCGCUCAAGGCCAGAUUGGUAGUGUGCGACCUGUCGGCUUCAGCACUGCACUGCAGGCAGUGUGGAGGUGUUAGCCACUUGGAUUCAGACCUACAGAGAUGUCACAUCAGCCAGGUCCAAACCCUCCCACCUCUAUAUGUAUCUCUAUGUAUCUAUCGGCUCAGGGUAAGGUGUCCCAAACGCUGCAAUAUAUACGUAUAUAUAUUUUCACGCUGCACUGACAAUGCAGUCUCCUGGCAGAGGUUGUCUUGGUGUUGUAACAGAGCUCACUUUUUUGAGCCUUUUCUCCCCUUAACUGAAACGAAAGGAAAAACAAACAACAAGGAUUGUUAUUUGUAAGCCAUUGUAGUUCACAACAUGCUGUAGAAAAGAUGGAGAUUCAUCUGCUUCUCUUCCACAGCAUAGCUUUGCUCUGUUGCCUUACCAAAUGGAACAAGUACAUGGGCCUUUGUAAAGAACUUUGGAGCACAGCAAGUGUAUGUGAUCGGAAAGGGUUCCCCAAAUUUUGGAAUGUUUUAAGUACAUACACACCUACACAAGCACAUUUAAAUGUAAAGAAAUUGGUUGGUAAAAGUAUUUACGUCAAUAGCCUGUGUUAAAACAAUCUACCCUUUUGACAGUAUCUUGUCAGUUUUCAGUGUCAGAAUCUGGAGGUCCGGUAUAUCUUCAAUAACUUAGACAUCUAGUAGUUUUCGUAGAGAGACUUUAGAUUGAAAAUGCACUGUCUCCCAUACCAAAGCACAGACAUCCAUCAGAAGGGUGAGAAUAUAAAAAUACUAUAAUAUACCUAUUCCUGAUACUACAUAAAUGCCCUGAAGUCACUGCCAGCACAUCUUAAGACCCACAGUGUGGUAUAGAGCAUGUAUUCAUUCACAGGUAAAUAUUAAAAUGUCUCACUCUAAACAUGUGACUGCUGUUUUCCAUAGUGGAGAACAGUCAGGAAAAAAAGAUGUAAAAUUAGCUCAAGGGAAAUAGAAGAUGUAGUCUGUGAAAGGUUAUGUAUUUAAAAACUGAGAUUCUUCUAUUUCAUCUAUUCUGUGUGCAAUAAGAAAUAUUUAGUGCCGUGCAAGCUGUUACCAUUUUAACUUUUUUAGUUUGAUUAGCUGUUGUUGUACUGUAGACACAUAAAUGUACAUAUGUGUGUGUGUGUGUGUGUGUAUGUGUAGAAGGGGUGGGUGGGUGGGUGUAUAUUUUUGUUGCCCUUUUAUUGUGUUGAGAAAAGAAAAAGGAAAAUAACUAGCUUAGAAACAGUAGGCCCCCUCCAAAGCGUUAAACUCAAAAACAGUUCAAUGCCUUAAGCAGAAUUGCACCUUCAUGUAGGCGACACCUUCGUUAAAGCAGAGUCCAAAUGAAACCGCUCCAUUCUGAGACUCAGUCGACAUGUGUUUAUGAGCCGGGAAGGCAGCGGGUUGGGGCCGGGCUGGGGUGGGAAGUUCUGUGGUGGCACCAGCUGCAAUGAGCUGGUGAUAAGCCAGUCGCUAGUGUGUUUGAUCAGCCGGCAGCUAGGAGCAUCUCUCCCCGUCUGCUCCCGCGACAAGUAACAAUGGCUCCAGUAUUAAAAAUAGACGUGGUUUACCCAGGGGAAGAGGCGUCAGAGGUAGGCAGGCAGGCUGCUGGUUAAUGAAGCCUUGGCAGAGGCAGAGAGAUGAGAGAGAGAUGCUGGGUGAGCUCCAGUUCACACACACAAACGUACAAAGACCGUACCGUAAAAGCCACGGCGUGUUUCACAGCAAAAUGCUAUAUGGAAAUAAUGACCCUUCAGCUCAGACACAUCAAAGACAAAUCCCACCCCCGCCCCCACUGUCCCUCCCUUAAAAAACAUAAUGAGAAGCCUAAUUGAGUCCAUGCUUGUCUAACUAGAGAAAUCCUCCCUUUCUAUUGUGGAUGUGUGCUUUGGGGUAUCAUCUUUUCAAAAACAGACUUUUUGCUCGAGCUGAGAGUAUGGACCUGCAGUGUAGUCAUACCACCACAGGGUGUCACCCUUCACCACUGAGCAGGGCAUUUGAAGGCGUGUCUCGGUGUCUGUGGCCUAUACAGCAUCCAAGGGCACUGACCUGCUUGUCCAAACGGCUCUGCGCAGCUGCACGUUAGUGCCUGAGCGUGAAUAGCAGCAGCCUCUGUGUUUUAUUGGUCUUUCCAGUGCCCUCUUUAGAUGCAGCCAUCAUUCCUGUUUGACAGACAGUCCGUCAGACAGACACAUUCACCUUGUGCACUUUACCAUGUGAUGAGUCCCCAGAGUUGCGUAAGAAGCAGAGAUUAAUGCUAUAAUACCCCCCCCCCCCCCCCCCCACACACACACACACACACACACACCCUCCUCCACCACUCCCACACACACAUAAGCCCAAAUACACACAAAGAAGCACACACUUCCGCGCACACCAGCUCUGCUACCCAGAACCCCAAAUUGUACAUGGUGACAGACAGAUGUAUAACCAGGCCACCAGCGUGAGGUCCAUUUUUAAAAUUUGCUAAGUAUGACAACGGUAACAAUAGCUGUGUCAACAUGAAGCACAAAGACACACUGAACUAGAAUUUAGAGGUGAAAGCACAGCACAUUAGAACACUAUAGCUGACUAAAUACAUAAAUAUCUCUAACUCGCACAAGCUGCAUCUGUACAAGUGUUUUUCACAAUCUAGAAGCACAUAUAGCUUUAAGGUUAAAACAGCAGCUAGACCAGCUAGACUUUUCUGUUAUCCAUGUAGAGGUGUACUGGAAUAUACUGAAACUGUAGUGUGAUGUUACAAUGGAGCAUGACAGUCAGUUGAACAAACCACUGGUCCAUUCAUUAGGUUUACAAAAUAUUGUAAUACUGGCCUGUAGCUAGGGACUUAUAUUUUUGAGAAAUUGCAUGAGAGCACAAUCUUCUAGGUAGAACUAGGCUGAAGGUUUUGAAAAAGUGAAUCGAGAGUUUCUUGCAGUUAAUACCCAUUCCUAAUUGAUGUUAGCCUAUGUCUUCAUAUUGAUUUAAUGAGCACAGAAUGACAAUACAUUACGCACUUAAACAAUGUAAGGUUGAAGUUUGUAAUGCACUCUUUAAUAUACCAUUCCGGCUUGCCGUCCACCACAGACAAGUGGACAUAUAGUGCAUACUCAAAGCGAAAUUACUUGAAAAAUUAUUCAUGAGGGAUUAAUACACAUCCUGUUAUGUUCAUGAAUGAUCCAAUCAAAUCCCAGAAGCUUAGCUCAUCGCUAGUUAGAACACUUUUCCAGCCUCUCUUCCCGGCUCUGUGGAGCAGCUGUGAACGUGAGUGGUGUCCAUUCCCAUAGCGGGUCAGACAAUCUGGCGGGGACCAGACCGUAAUUUGGUGCUCCUAUCUUUUUGUGUUCUCAUAAUACAAGCUAAGAAACUCUGACUCUGUGCGUGCCCACGUUAGUGCCACUUGAUUUGGCAUUUCAUUUGGAAACAAUUCUGGGGCCUCGGGAUUUGUUGAUGAGGUCUCCCAUCAGUGAAACAAAAAAAACCCACCCCCCCCUUUCAAAUUAAUUUGAUGAAAGCACAGUUGUGAUUUAUUUAUUUUUAUAGUUAUUCUAGAAGCCAUUGUAUUUGUGGUUAAUUAACAUCUAUAUUUAUGUAAUUGUGAAAUUAAGCUGUACUGUAUAUGUCGCUGUACAUUAUGUCAAAACAACCUUGAAAAUAUAUAUAUAUAUAAGGAAAAACAUAUAGGGGUGACUUAUUCCACCCUGUCUUGUGUAUAUAAUGUUUCUGUACAGUAUUUGAAAAAUGUAAGACAUUUUUGGAGUGUUGUGCAGUACUGUAUGUAAGUGUUGUGUGUCAAGUGGGUUGGCUGAUUUCUAGUCCUAACUAGUAAACCUCACAUUUCAUGUGUGUGUGUGUUGGUAUUUGUGCCAGUGCACAAAUGCUUGUGUGAGAGUGUUUCUCUGUUCAUUUGUGUGUGAGUGUGUUCAUGUCGCCUUCCCAAAUUGCUGUGUUGUGUGUUUGUUAGAAAAUCAUGUUGUUGCAAUUGUGCUCAACUGACAUGGGACCAUUAACUUUAUAUGCAAAGCAUCCUAGUACAAAGUAGUUAUUGUUAUGCAGUGUAAAAAACACUAUAUAUCAGUCCUGUCCCUCUAGCCCACUAGUGUAGAGUUGUGUGUUCAGUGCUGGGCAUGUUAAGUUAAAGAUCCCAGUCGGUUUGACCCUGUCCUGUACAUAACAGUAACACUGUUCUAUUCACUGCUCUCCAGGUUCAGCCUAGUCUGCCUGGCUAAUGAAAUGUUAAGUGUAUUGUCCUGUCACUGUAGAAUAAUAAUAAGUGUCUGAAAUGAUCCACACCCUUUGUUUCCUAAUAUUUAAAAUAGCAGUGGGGCAAGUAAACAAUCUACUGUCAGCACUUGUCAACAGUGUCAUAAUAGAAAUAGAAAAAGUGCAGCUGUAUGUACCGUGAAUGUAAAUGCACUUUUAAAGCCCUCUGGGAAGAGUUUUUGCGUUCUGAAAUCGGUUUAGUCCUAUAAUGCUUCUUGUGAACCUCAAAGUCAUUUUGCAUAGUGAAGACCUGACACUUGCACUGUUAUAGUCUGUGGAAGCAAUAUUUUUGAUGUUUUGCAUCAAACUGUAAGCUGCACAGGGGCUGAGAGGGCUGCUGGGUAAUGGAGUCCUCAGGGGGAGAAGCGCGUCUCUGGUGGGGCGGCCCACAAGGGCUGGGGGAGUCUCCGAUGAUUGGUGCUCCUGUAACGGGUAAACUGUACUGCACCCUCUCUGCCAGCCCACAGCCCCAGACCAAACAGUUCCCCACCGGACUUCAAAAAAAAAAGAAAGGAAAAAAAAAAACAAGCACACAUUCACAUGCUUUUACUGUACGUAUGACAGUUCUACAGUCAUAUAGUGAAGUGUCAUGGAUAUUGUACAGUAUUUAACAUUUGUGUGGGAGACAAAAAAACUAUGUAGAGAUGGAAUUUUAAGUUUCACCAGAACAAUAAAGAUGACAUUCUUACUCA